AUGCUGAGAACUGGUAGUUCGAAAAACACGGAGAAUCCAAAUGUAGAGGGGAUGAUAAAUUCUGGAGUUGAUGGAGUGAGGAGGACAAGGAGUUCAAGAAAGGAAGGACAUAUGGAUGACAGUCUACAAUUAGCAACACCUUUGGGUGAAAAGAGGAAGGAAGAAUUAAACUGGGAGGAGCAAACAUUGUUCGAAAAAGGAUAUAUGGAAUUGAAGUCUAUGAGUUUGGUGGAGAGAGUGACCUGUGAAGGAGAAAAUGAGCCGGCAAGCAUGUCUGGAGCAAGGAAGGGGGCGGCUGAAGUUGGAGGCGAGCAUUCGGAGAAGAUGACUUUAUCGGGUAUUGGAGAUGAGGAGAACAGCAGAAAGAUUGCUUGGAUUUAUGUAACAGCAGAAGAAUGCCGCCUCCUGAAAGUAAGUCGUGGGAAGCAGAAGAAAGAAAGUGAUGAGCUCAUGUUAGAAAACAGGUGGUUGACUACGACAAAUGAUCUUUUAAGGCAAGAGAAUGACGAGUUGCAGCAAAAGGUCAACCAAUUAAUAAGUGAGAACGAGCAUUUGCGGAAUCAAAUAUUGGACUUAACUACUCAUAUUACCACCUUUGACUUGGACCAACUGCUUGAAGCGUAUCACGCUGAGAUGGGAAGUACGCCAGCUGAGAACAGUAACGGCCUUUCUUCACUGGCUGUGGAAAUCAGGAAAGAAUUCCUAGCUAAAGCUAUUGGAACUUCUAUUAUUUGGACCCCUACUUCGGGGCUGAAGCUUGACAGUGCAGGUGUAUACGGUACUGUAUACAUCCCUUCUACUUGCGUUGGAGUGGCAGCUAGGGCACGUGCUUCUAUAAAUUUUGACCAUUUCCAGGCAAGCUCUAUAAUUAUCUUCCUUGCAGCAUGCUAUUUCAGUUAUAUGCACAGGACACUUGAAAUGCUCAAGGACCGGCCUUCCUGGUCACGAUUUUGUCGUGGUAUGGAUGUUAUUGCCAAGCAUCACACAAAUGAGGGAACUAUUGAAUUGAUCUACACCAAGUACUAUGCCCCGACUACCAUGGCUUUGGCUCGAGAUUUCUGGACGUUAAGAUACACUUCUAUUCUAGAUGAUGGCAGCUUGGUGGUAUGUGAGAAAUCAAUUUCUGGUUCUGAUGCUGGUGUAAAUUCUCCUUCUGCCCUUGAAUUCGUGAGAGGGAGGAUGCUGGCUAGUGGUUUUAUGAUUUGCCCUGGUCAGGGAGGAUCAACCAUACAUAUUGUUGAGCACUAUGAUAUGGAGGCAUCAUCUGUUCCGUUGGUGGUGCGCCCGCUUUACGAGUCAUCUGAAUUUCUCGGGAAGAAGACAAUUGUUCCUGCACUUCUCUAUAUUGAGCAUAUGGCCAGUGAGAUGAGUGGCAUACCAAGACCUUAUUGCCAUGAGAAUCCUGUUCUUUUGAGAUGGUUAUGCCUAAAACUUUCUAGGGGCUUCAAUGAUGCUGUCAAUUGUUUCUCUGAAGAUGGAUGGACACUGAUGGGUGCUAGUUCUUCUGAUGAUGUUAUUAUGUCCACCAAGAGAGCCACUAAUCUUGGAGUCUAUGCAAAUUGUGAUAGUAUACUUUGUUUGAAAGCCUCUUUGCUGCUUCAAAAUGUUUAUCCUGUAAGCUUGGUGAAGCUUCUGACGGAGUGUCGUUCGGCUUGGAUGGGUUUCAACUUCAAUGAACAUAUGGUAGCUUCAAGACCUGCUCUUUAUGCAUUUCCAGGACAUGAUAUUUAUCGUGUGUCUGAAUUUUCUUCACUGCUUGGCCAAAUCAAUAAUGAGGAUGAGGCACUGGAAAUAAUUCGUUUGGACUGCGCUGAUCGCCAGCGAAAUUACUAUUCAGUGGAUUUUAAUCAUUUGCAGAUGAACAAUGGAAUGGCGGACAAUGGCUUUGGAGCUUGCUCAGAACUAAUAUUUGCACCAAUUGACCUAACUACUCCUAAUGAUGCUCCUUAUUUAUCUUGUGGAUUUCGAAUCAUCUUGUUGGGUUCAGAUACAGAAAGCAGUAGCUCCCCUCUGUCAAUGCUGAUUCUAGCAUUUCAGUUUCCUUAUGAAACCCAACAUCUGGAUGAAAUUGCAGUUGUGGCUAAGCUAUAUGUGAAGUAUGUUAUUUCCUGUGUGAAAAUUAUUUCCGGUGAAGUAGCUUACUCGGGAUUCUGUCCUAAUGUGAACCCUGCCGAAGCAAGUAGUACCAUCGUCUCUCGAGAAACAAUUUAUGCGAACCUAGCUAACGUGAUACGCCAAAGCUAUAGAUCGAGUUUAGGUGUGGAUAUGGUUGGCUUGAACCCUGGGACUCCUAAUUUAUUGUUUGAUCAGAUCCACCGUCACCGUUAUGCUAUACUUUGUUUCUCGGCCAUGUCUAGGACAGUGUGUGAGUACGCCAACCGAACUGCUCUUAACGUGCUACAGAUGACACCAGGAAAUCUACAAAUUCUCACUGUGGAUAGCUUAUUUUGUGGCUCUGAUUUUUCACUUACUACUGUGUUCCAGAAUAUAAUGCUGCAGGGUUAUGUUUUUCUGCCACCUGGACGCUUUAUGUCUACAAUGACUCGUACGGUUUUUUAUGAACAAGCUUUGGUGUUGCAGUUGCAGCCUCCGGAUGGUUCUUUUAAUGGCUUUGCAUUGGUAUUCAUGGAAUUGUCCUUUAUCUAAGAAGUUAUUUGAGCUCUCUCUGCAGAUGCUCUUUUUUUAAAAAUAAAAAAUAAAAAAUCAUUGACAAUGGGAGAGUCUGUAUUGCUCUCUUACUUGGAUUUAAUUUUGA